AAGGAUCAUGUCUUUCUAAGGAAGUCGACAUUGUACGUCACAUGUAUUGUCAAAUUAUUGUUCAAUAAUCUUAAUCCUAAAUCUAAAGUAAAAUAAAUUAAAAGUGCGCGAUAUAUACAUAUUUAUACCUAUAUUAAAACUUACGAAUAAAAACAUGGAACCAAAAAAGGGUCACCCUACUGAUCCCCCUAGUAAUGUGCCGAUGUUUGCCGGAUAUGACCCUAACAACUACCUUCUCGAUGACCGCGUGCCACCAGUGGUCCUCACCGAUGAAAGCCUCACACCGGGCCGGCCGCCGUGUCUGACGCAGCGGACUGUUGGCAAGUUCUUGCAGCCGCUCACCAGGGAGCUGACACUGUGUCCGCCGAGACCAACGAUAAACGAGCUGCCAGAUUCCGUGAAGGAUCAAAUGGUACUGCAAGACAAAGCUUAUUGGGUGGACAAGCCAGGUGCCAACGCCUACACUCUCCACGAUGCCUACUACGACUAUGGCAUGACUACAGAAAUGGUUAAACCAGUUCACCAGGACGUGUUCCCGCGUUCGUACCAGUACGAUUUGGACUGCGUCAGGUACCGCCGAACCCAUGGCUGUGACGCUCUAAAACAAUCCCCAAGUGAAAAAAAGGUUGCUCUCAAGGCCUACUGCCGUGACUGCAGCAACAAGAAGGAUCCUGGUCUGAUCCCCUUUCAACUCGCAUGGGCUAAGGACCCUGGGCAGAAAAGGUGGCGGAACUACCCAGAUGUCUCGGCUACUUUGACCCCAGAAGAAAUCCGGAAAUCCAUGGAUGAGGUUGGUCGUCCAUUCCAGCACGAAGCUUGCAAUUGGUACUAUAAGAACUAUCCUUCUAUCAAAUACCCAGUUAUUCUACGGAAAUUCUCGAAAUAACAUUGGUACCUAUGUGUUUAUUUAUAUCAAUAAAUACAUACUUAAUUGAAAAAAGGAACUACAUAAGUAA